AAACCUAUUUCUCAGUGACCUGAAUAAAUCAUGCAAUGUUUUUCUUCCUGCCACUGCCAAGUAAAGAUUAUGUAGCCUUAAAGUGGAGAUUCCCCUCUUAGAAGAAAAAGGAAAGGGGCUUAAAGGAUGCCUCUCCACUCUUCAGGUUAUCAGAGGUAAUAAAGUGUUCCUUUAAAAGCUUCAUUGUGAAACAAAAAAGAAAAAUGAUCUGAAGAGCAAAGGAGAAUUGUGACCUGUGUCAGGAUGGUGUGUGGAAGAAGUGUGUGACACAAGAGUAAGGGAAGAAGGACCACUGGACACUCGGAGCUAAGUAAUAGAAUGAGGUUCAUUCUGAGGAAGAGGAGGAGGAGGCAGCUGCUUGUCCGUAGGCAGUGGGGAUAUGGAUCCACUGAUGCUGUCAGGUCCACUUGAUCCCCCCGUUCCUGCCCAUCUUCCUGAGUGGAGCCUAGGAGACCAAGCAAUAAUAGCUGAGUCCUUGCCAGCCAGGCUCCAGACAUCUCUGAUGUUCAAGGAUGUGGCCGUGUACCUCACCAGGGAGGAAUGGGGCUGUCUCGGCCCUGCCCAGAGGGGCCUCUAUAGGGAUGUGAUGCUGGAGAAUUACGGGAACCUGGUCUCAUUGGGAUUCUCAGUAUCCAAACCUGAUGUGAUUUCCCAGCUGGAAAAGGGGGAAGAGCCAUGGGUCCUGGAUACCCAGGGAGCUGGAGGGAGAGAGAUCCUGAAAAGUGACUCUUCAGGUUGUGAGACCAAAACUAAAAAGGAGUUGUCUCUAAAACAGAAAAUAUCUGAAAAAAUGGAGUUACAGGGGAUGAUACUGGGAAGACUCAAGGGACCUGAAUUUGGAGAGUCCUAUAAAAUUGAGAAUCAAUUAGAAAAACAUUGGGAAAAACCUGUAGUGGGAACCCUGAGGAAAUCCCUUUCCCUGGAAAGAAAUUGCAAGCCAGUGACAGUGAUUCCCAUGAAAAUGUCUACCAGAGUGAGAGGUCAGGAAUGUAAUGAAUUUGGAAGACGCUUAAACCUGACUUCAAAACAUGUUAGACUCCAGAGGGUUCCCAGAAGUGAAAAAAACCAUCAAUGUACAACUUGUGGCCAAACGUUCAAAAAGAAUUCAGACUUUAUUAAUCAUCAGAGUAUCCAUACAAGAGAGAAAACUUGUAAACUUAAUAUAUAUGGAAAAAUGCCCAGACAGAAUUUAAUUAGUAUUGAACAUCAGCGACCUCACAACACAGAGAAACCCUAUGAGUGUAAUGAAUGUGGAAAAGCUUUCAGCCAGAACAGAACACUUAUCCAGCAUGAGAGAAUUCAUACUGGAGAGAAACCCUUUGAGUGUGGUGAAUGUGGAAAAACUUUUAGUCGCAGUUCUAUCCUUACUAAACAUCAGAGGAUUCACACUGGUGAGAAACCCUACAAAUGUAAUGAAUGUGGAAAAGCCUUCAGUGCUCGUUCAUACUUUUUUCAACAUUGUAAAAUUCAUACUGGAGAGAAACCCUAUGAGUGUAAUGACUGUGGGAAGGCCUUUAGUACUAGAUCAUCAUUUAUUCAACAUGGUAAAAUUCAUACUGGAGAGAAACCUCAUGAAUGCCAUCAGUGUGGGAAAGCCUUUAGUCAUAGUUCUAAUCUUAUUCAUCACCAGAGAGUUCAUACUGGAGAAAAACCCUAUCAGUGUAAAGAAUGUGAGAAAGCCUUUAGUAGGCACUCACAUCUUAUUCAACAUCAGAGAAUUCACACUGGAGAAAAACCAUAUGAGUGUAAUGACUGUGGGAAAGCCUUCAGUGCACGUUUAUCCCUUAUUCAGCAUCAGAGAAUUCAUACUGGAGAAAAACCGUAUAAAUGUAAUGAGUGUGGCAAAACAUUCAGCUUAAAUAGAACUCUUAUUGUGCACCAAAGGAUUCACACUGGAGAGAAACCCUAUGAGUGUAAUGAAUGUGGGAAAUCCUUCAGCCAACGCUCACAAGUUAUCCAACACAAGAGAAUUCACACUGGAGAGAAACCAUAUGUAUGUCAUGAAUGUGGAAAAUCCUUUAGUGCACGUCUGUCUCUUAUUCAACAUCAAAGAAUUCAUACUGGAGAGAAACCAUAUGAGUGUAAUGAAUGUGGCAAAACCUUUAGCCAGAAAGGUCACCUUAUUCAGCAUCAGAGAAUUCACACAGGAGAGAAACCCUAUGAGUGUAAUGAAUGUGGGAAAGCCUUUAGUCAGAGCUUUAAUCUUAUUCAUCAUCAGAGAACACAUAAUGGAGAGAAACCCUAUGAAUGUAAUGAAUGUGAUAAAGCAUUCAGUGUGCUUUCUUCCCUUGUUCAACAUCAGAGAGUACAUAAUGGAGAGAAACCCUAUGAAUGUAAUAAAUGUGGGAAAGCCUUUAGUCAGGGUUCACACCUUAUUCAACAUCAGAGAAGUCACACUGGAGAGAAACCAUAUGAGUGUAAUGAAUGUGGGAAAACCUUUGGCCAGAUUUCAACUCUUAUUAAACAUGAGAGAACACAUAAUGGUGAGAAACCUUAUGAGUGUAACGAAUGUGGAAAAGCCUUCAGCCAAAGUGCACACCUUAUUCGACAUAGAAGAAUUCACACUGGAGAAAAUCCCUAUGAGUGUAAUGACUGUGGGAAAGCCUUCAAUGUACGUUCAUCACUUAUUCAGCACCAGAGAAUACACACUGGAGAGAAACCUUAUGAGUGUAAUGAAUGUGGGAAAGCCUUCAGUCAGCACUCACAAUUUAUUCAGCACCAGAGAAUUCACACUGGGGAGAAGCCCUAUGUUUGUAAUGAAUGUGAUAAAUCCUUCAGCGCACGCUUAUCACUUAUCCAACAUAAGAGAAUUCACACUGGAGAAAAACCCUACGAAUGCAGUGUAUGUGGGAAAUCAUUCCGGCAAAGCUCUCAUCUUAUUCGACAUCAGAGGAUUCAUAGUGGAGAGCGACCCUUUGCAUGUGAUGAAUGUGGAAAAACCUUCAGCCAGAGAAUAACUCUUAUUAGCCAUGAAAAGAUCCACACCAGAGAGUAAUCUUAUGAAUGUAGUGCACAUGAAGAAAUAUUUAGUAUGCACUCAUUUUACAUUCAACAUCACAAAAUUCACACCAGGGAGAAAGUAACAUUGUGAAUAUAAUUUGAGAAAGUUCUCUUUGCACUCACAAAAUUUUACAUUAUAAAGUUUACAGUGAAGAGAAAUUCUGUGAAAAAACUGUCACUUCAUGACUUUUCUACAAAUUUAGCACUCAAAUUUUUUUUCUCACCCUUCAAAAUGUUAAUCAUAGAAGUUUUGUACAUUGCCACCUGGUGGCAAUGGGGUGUCUAAAUUACGCAUUCUAAACUCCAAGGUAUGUGCCUUCCCUGAGAUUCAAAAAGUGGCUUUCUGCUCAAAGCUUCAGAGAUUUAACCACAAAUUAAUGCAUCAUUUAUAAAAAUAAAGUCUCACUAUUGAAACUUAAAAUCAAGCAGCUUUAAACACAUAGUAUUAAGAAAAAUAGAAAUUUUAGAGCAUACUUUCAAACAAAUUUCUGUAUUCUAUUAAUUGUUAUACCUAGUUUCCCCUUCUUUUACCAUUGAACUUUAUUUUUGUUAUUCUGGACUCCUCUCACUCAAAUGUAUGCUGAAACAAACUUACUCUUUUUUUUUUUUAGUUCAGUUUAUUUAAAUAAUUUCGUAGAACCUGAGAAUAUUUUAUGUAAAUUCAAGCUCCACCAGAAGUCAUAGCAGUUGGUAUACUUAUCAAAUUUGCAGGCAACAUUGGGUGAAAGAAUAAGGAUCUGGAAAGAUCUCAAUAGGCCAAAAACAAUGGGCUAACUCUAAAGAUGAAAUUAAACAGAGAUUAAUAGAAAAUCUGGCACUUUAGGUUAAAAAAAUCAACUGUACAAGCACAGGUGGAUGAGACCUGGCUUAACAGCAGUUAAUGUAAAAAUACCUGAGUCUUUUAGAGUACUGUGAAUUCAUAUUGAAUGGUAGCUAGAAAAAGCCAAUCUGAUCUUAAACUAUUAAUGUUGGCAUAAUGUUCAGAACAAAAAGGGGAUAUGUUCUCUGCCCAUCAUCAGACAACACAUAGAAUACUGCGUUCUUAGACUAUUUUAAAGGAGAUAUUGACAAACACUUAAGAGAGUAAUUAGAGUGACUUGAAACUAUCAUGUGAGGAAUCUUAGAUUUAGAGCUGAAAGGGACUUCAGAGAUCACAGUUCAACCCCACUCAUUUUAACGUAUGAAGAAAUAUGCCUACAGAUAGGAAGUGACUUGUCCAAGGUCACACAGGUACUAAGUGACAAGGCUGGUAUUUGAACCUAAUUCCUCUAUAUCCAUAUCCAGUAUUUCUCUACACAACUUUCACCUCUCAGCAGAGAAUGUUUAGGCUGGAGUGGGGGGUGGGGGUGGAUCUCGAGGAUAUGAGAAGACAUUAUCAACUGUCUUGAAAUAUUUGAAGGGCUAUCAUAUAGAAGAAAUUAAAUUUGUUCUUCAUGACCCUCAAAAGUAGAACUGAUACCAAUAGUUGAAUAUCAGAACAUAUUUCAGCAUAAGGAGUAAUUUCCUUCCAAUUAGAGCUGCCUCAGAGUGGAAUAUCCUGCCCCAGAAAGUAGCAGGUUCUCCACAUGAAAGCAUUUGUCAGGAACAGUAUAAAGGGAAUUUCUUUUUGGAUAUUGAUUGAUAACCUCAGAGGUCUUUUCCAUCUGAUUCUGUGAGUAAUCUGAAAAGUUAGGUGAGAAAAUAUCUAUUUCAUAUGUGGGGAUAGGAAGAGACAUGGUAACUUUUAUAUACCUGAUACAAAGAUAGAAUUUUGAACAAACUGGCAUUUGAUACAUAUUUCUGGUAUUGGAAGUUGGAACAGUAUAUUCUGAGUAGCAAGUAGAAGAAAGAAGUAAUUGUAACAGGUCUGUAUAUCCAUGUACUGGCAUGGCAUGGCAGAAAGAGCGCUGGACUUGGAAUUAGCAGGUCUGAACUCAAGGCUUGACUCUGACACUUCUUACCUUUGUGACUGAGGGAAAGUCACUUCACCCUCUUGAGUUGUUUCCUCAUAUGUAAUACAUAGGUAAUAAUGUGCCACUUAUCUUGUAGGGUUGUGAGCAAAUUGCUUCAAGAACCCAAAGGACAGGGGCAGCUAGGUGGCACAGUGGAUAAAGCACCGGCCCUGGAGUCAGGAGUACCUGAGUUCAAAUCCGGCCUCAGACACUUAACACUAGCUGUGUGACCCUGGGCAAGUCACUUAACCCCAAUUGCCUCACUUAAAAAAAAAAAAAGAACCCAAAGGACUAUGAGAAUUAAGGGCUAUAUAAAUGUAAGCCAUUAUUUUGCUGAUAAAGGAGCUGCUCAACAGGCAAUUUUCAUGUUUUCUUAAGUUUCUGAUUUCUCUUCUGAAGCUAUAGGUAUCAGUAUUCUGAGGGUCUUAUCAGUUAUCUUGGCAUAUCUAAGCUCAGUUCUGUUUCUUAUGACAGUACCCUUCAUAUAUCUGUCCUAAGGCUGAUAAUGGCUUUAGGCAGUUGCCUUUUAUUCAUUCUAGGGACCAAUUUACAUGCACUUAUAUAAGUCAUAACCUACAACAACUGCUACAUAACUGAAAGAAAAAAAGAUUUAAAGCUUAAGGUGGCUAAAAGGAAGUAGAAUCUGAAGUUGUGAAAGAAGGGAGUCAAAUGAGUCCCUAAUCCUGAGGUCAUUACCUGCAUCUGAGAGCAGCCCCAGGAGUUUUGAUACCAAGGGUCUCAGAAGCCCUAGAACCCAAAAUAAAUCCCAGGAGUCAGACAAGACUGUUAAGAUUAGGGGAGAAGGGGCAGCUAGGUGAUGCAAUGGAUGAAGCAUUGGCCCUGAAUUCAGGAGGACCCGAGUUCAAAUUCAGCCUCAGACACUUGACACUAGCUGCGUGACCCUGGGAAAGUCACUUAACCCUCAUUACCCCAGAAAAAGAAAAAACAACACCUCAGAAACAAAACAAAGAUUAGGGGAGAAGAAAAAAGAACAUUAUGAGUUCUGUGUAAAAUUCAGGUUAGAUUAAUUUGAAAAAGGAAAUUAAAAGAUUGGUGAAAAGGGCACUGAAUUUGAAAUCAAAUAUCCAGGCUCAGAUUCCAGUUCUGCCACCUAAUAUAAUAAUUGACAUCUAGCACUUCACAUAUUGCUUCUAGUUCUGCACCUCAGGGCCAAGCAGAACAAGGCAAAAGCUGUUUCAAUUUAAAUGUUUCUUUAAAAGAUUAUUCCUUAUAAAAGGGAGCUGGGGAAGCAUUGUAAUUUCAACCAUCCCUAGUUUCUGCACUGCUGCUCGGACUAGAUGACCAUACUAUGUUAAUGAUACCUGGCAACAGUAUACCUAAAAAGGGGCAGCUAGGUGGUGCAAUGGAUAAAGCACCGUCCCUGGAUUCAGGAGGACCUGAGUUGAAAUCUGGCCUCAGACCCUUGACACUUACUAGCUGUGUGACCCUGGGCAAGUCACUUAACCCUCAUUGCCCCGGGGGGGGGGGGGCAAUAUACCUAAAGAAAGAAGCAGCCACUUACAAGACAUCUACUGAAUGUGUCCAAAACCCAGCCUAAUCAGACUCCAUUCAAAGUAAAAGUCCCAGGAGCUUCAUUCUCACUUGUGAGUAUCUUCUUAGGCUUGCCCAUGACUAUUAGAACUGCCAAGGAGAAAGGGUUUUUGUGUCCUUUUUCUCAAACUUUUUGUUCCAAGAUUCCAUUUCCCCUUUCCUCUGUGAGGGGGAAAAAAAGGAAUAACAAGAGCUGAUACUUGGAGCAUAAAAAUGUUGGAGAUAUAUACCCAAUCAGUAGGAGCUAUUUUUAAUGUUUUAUUUUAAGCUCAUUCCCUCCCGUUCUCUCCCCAUCUGUUCUUCUUAGCUCUGACUUCAUAUAAAUACAAGGCUGAAUUUACUUAGCUGAGGACAGCCUAAUGUCACUUUCGUAGCUUUGCAGGGCUCCUCCUCUUUGUAUUGUGUGACUGGAACCUUCUUUUUGCUUCUCUUAAUGUUAGAUUUUAUAAUUAUGUUGUUCUUAAUUGUUUAAAAAAUUAUAAGGAAAGGACCCUUUCCACUUUCCAUCUUUAUUACAUUUUUUAAUUACAAUGGCAGGCUUAAUUGUAUUGCCUAAUUGCAGUUCCUGCAAUUUUAGGAACAAGAAAGCUGGAGACCUCUGUAGCUUUUUGGUUACAUUAGUCUGGUGUGAAGCAGAGUUCUCAGUCUAGCAAUAGGCAGAAGAAGGCCAGCAAAACUGAUCAGAGAAAGCAUCGGCAAGAGCUCCAUAUGCCCAGAGUUUCAGGAUAAAGACAAUCUAUAGUCCUUUCUUUGUUCAUAGCCAUAAGGGCCUUAGAAGAGGAAGAGAGGAUCAUUCUUCUGGCUCCAAUCAGAGAAAACUGAGCACCCUGGAGAAUCAUCCCAACCAGAGAGACUUCAUUGGAGAAAAUACCCAGGCUCCAAGAGUGAACAAGGGGAUAGUUGGAGUCAGUAUUUACAGACCCUUGUUUUGGCCAAUGAUAUAGCCUUGAAGGAGACAAUAUGGUUAACUCUAUAUGGAUCAUGUUCCAUGAGCCUAUAAGUAGAGAUUUCCCUGCUGAAGCCUGAGGGAGUUAGGAAUAGUGGAAAUUAGCAUCUGUUCCUUAAAGGCUUUGGUGAUGUUACAGAAUGGGGUUGUAAAAAUGCUGGGAAUUACAUUUCAAAAGCUAGGAAACCAUUCAUUAUAUGUCUGAAUUAGAGCCAAGUGGAACAGUUUCCAUGAGCAAUGGUAAUGCAGCUGGAAGGGAUCCAUUGGCCUUUAAGCAGAUUAGCGAGCAAAAACAAUCCAAGUGUUAUACUGACAUCUAUCUCUGUAAUACUAAAAGAACCAAAGAAAGGCCUUCCAAGCAAAUUCUGAGGAAGUCCUGCCAUUGCCAUCAUCUUGGCUAGAUCCUUAUUUCUCUACUGAGACAAGUAGCUAAAUAAGAAUUAGCACUAUUAGGGAGCAGCUAGGUGGCACAGUAGAUAAGACACCGGCCCUGGAUUCAGGAGGACCUGAGUUCAAAUCUGACCUCAGACACUUGACACUAGCUGUGUGACCCUGGACAAAUCACUUAACCCUCAUUGCCCCCCCUCCCCCCAAAAAAGAAUUAGCACUAUUCAAAAAUGGUUUGUAAUAAUAUAGACCUUUGUAUCUGAAGAGAAUUAUAGGAGGGAGCUAGGUGGCACAGUGGAUAAAGCACUGGCCCUGAAUUUAGGAGGACCUGAGUUCAAAUCCAGCCUCAGACACUUGAUACUGGACAAGUCACUUAAUCCCCAUUACCUGCCCCCCCCAAAAAAAAACAAACAAAAAAGAAUUAUAACCCUAUUGAUCAAGCAUACAUUAGAUUGUUUAGUAAUGACUGGGGAAAUUUUGGCUGGUGUUUUAGUGGGAAUCUCUUGAAGCUCAUCUUAUUACUAUCCUAUCUCAGAACUACCACAAUCCUCCCCUUGCUUCUCCACUCCCAUGGAAAAAGGGUUGAAUAAAUCAA